AAUAUUAAAACAUCCUAUUAUAAACCUCCUGUAAUUAUGUCCUCACGUAAAAAUUCCUUAAAAAACAACUCGGAGUUCUCAUUAAACUCGACUACAUCCAAUACAAAUUCCAAUGCCAGUGCAGAUAUAACGGAUAAGUCAAUAAAUUUAAAUGAAUUUUUGGAUUUUUUAAAUUUGUCGUGUCAUGUUAAUGACAUGAUUUCCCACAAUAGUGAAGAACAACAAAGACAACAUAAGGAACAUUUUCAAACGACAAAAUCGUCUAAUGGUGCGACCGGUUUGACCACGGCUCGUCCUAAAACCUAUGGUACACAAAGUCCUAUAGAUUUUCAUAAAUUAUCUCAAAAUCGUUUAGUAAAUGAUUUAUAUGGUUUUAAUCGCCAUGUACGUUUACCGGCUGAGGAAAUAGGUGAGAAUAAUGUGGGCGCCGUGGGUGUUGAAGUUACACGUCCUUUACGACGUGCCUCUACCUUAACAACAACUUCAAAAGUAUCAAGUAAAAAUGCAGAAGGAGGUUUGCAUCCGAAAUUAAAUGAAAAAUUGGAUUAUGUUUUAAAUGAGGGCAUUUUGGAUGCAGUUUUACCUUUUAUUUGUCCAGUGCCACUGCCAGCUAAUUACACUAGUCGUUUGAAACCCAAACAACAAAGAGAAGGCAAAGAUAUCAAAAAUGUUACAGCCCAAUCAUCUGUUAUGCCUGGCGAAGAAACAAAUGAGUCAGAAUGCGCUGCAAACAAGGAUUCCGCCACUAAAGUAAAAGCUAAAACAAGUGUAACACAACUAAAGUCCUCGACAGUGGUUAAUGCCACCAAAAAGGAUCCGGAAGUUGUUAUACAUGUUUGUGAUGAGGUGAAAAAUACUUCUAAGGAUUUCAUGUGUCCUCAGAGUUUGCUCGUCAGCAAGAUGGGUUACUUUGCCGAUGUUACUGCCGGUCAAAAGCUCGAGGAUAUGGAUAUAUCGGUACACUGUGACAUACAAAUCUUCGAAUGGCUUAUGAAAUGGGUAAAAUCGGAGAAUGCCACUAGCAGCACGUCUAGUGUAGAUCCUAACAAUGAUAUGGCACCAAAUUUAAAUGUUAAUAAUGUGGUUCCCAUAUUAGUUUCAGCUAGUUUUUUACAGAUGGAACCCUUGCUUAUGGAUUGCUUAAGCUUUUGUCACUCCCGCUUGGGUGAAGUGGUACGAGUUUCUACCAAUCUCUCCUGUUUAAAUGAUACCAUAAUCACCCGCAUGGCUGCCAUGUUCACUAAUGUUGAAUUGGAAAUGGUGUGUGAUAAAAAGGAUCGUUUAUUGCCGCGUUUAUGGACCAAACUUAUCUUGAGUCUUUUCGAACCAGAAACGGAAGCUUUAAGGGGUCAUUACUAUAGUUUAUCGGGUUUAUUUAAAUGUGCAAAAUGUCAAAAAUGUUUAACCAAUACCAUGAAGUCCUAUAUACAGUGUAUACCAGGUAAUGUACGUUUAAAUCGUUGGGGUCAAAUUGUUAGUCAUCAUGUGCGCGAAUCUUCAUGGGAUUUGAAUUACUAUAUAGCCCAACUAUUUAAAGAGGUUAAAUCGUGGCGUUUGGUCUAUUGGAAACUAUGGGGUCAUGCUCAUUAUUUGUACUGCUGUCUGUGUGAAAUGUACUUUCCGGUUUAUCAGAUGUCUUGGUGUCGUUAUCAUCCCGAAUCACCUAGCUUUCUCGGUCCUGUUGCCGAGGGUCGUACUACAGGUCCAGCUGGUCGUUAUGCUUGUUGUGGCCAACAGGCUUUUCGUUAUGAAACCUUACCGGGUCCUCAUGGCUGUCAGUUUCGUGAACAUAGCGUUUUAGUAGAAACUGAUCGUGAACGUUCUAUAUUAUCUAUAGUGCAGUUAGCUAUUGAGGGUAAAGCCUUAGGUGAUUGCCCUCCACAUCGUAUGCAAGACUUAUUGGCUAAUGGAGAAAUUGAACACAGAUGGAUGGGUAUAUCGUUGAUGCCUCAACGUUGUCGUCAGGGUUUGUUGCCGGUUUUGAAUCCAGAUGAAUCAACAUCACGUUUGGCUAGACGUGUAAGACCUGCUUCAUCGAAAUUCUUUGCCGAUUCCAGUACGGAAACAGAGAGUACAGAUACUUUGGAUAACAUACGCAUAUCAAAAUUUGGAAUGGCGUCUUAUAACGACAGUUUUUCUACCAGCAGUAGUGAUGGAUGUGAGUCAUCGGAUAGCAAAACAUUUGCGCCAAAUAAAACUUACCACAAAAAACAGAAUAGAAAAAGUAAACCCAUUGAAAAUCCUGGGCGUUAUUGGUCUGGUGAGUUAUCGGCACGCAGUAAUCAGGACCAUCAGAGAGAGUUUGAGGAAAAAGUAAUGAAACAAGUCAUGACUAUGGUUCAAAAGAAAACUGGCUCAGAUUUAGGUGUUAGUCAACAGAAUCGACCUUUGGGUGGUACUUAUGUUAAAUUGGAACAAGAAUGGAAGGAGCAGCUGAAACAACGCCUGUAUACUUUAGGUGGCAGUACGUCUGCAAGUGCUCAAAUGGGCAGCAUUAAUAGUAAUAAUAUUGCAUUGAAUAUUAAAGGUUCACGAAAGAAAGUCGAUAAUAGUGGACAAUAAUAAUUGCUUUUAAUUUAUGAUAGAUUGCUAAGUAUGGAAUCUUCACAACUCUAUAUUAACUAAAGGCAUACUUUUAGAUAAUACAAAUGUUAGUUGUUUAGUCUUUUACAAAUUAAAUAAAAAAUUUAAAAGUAACUUACAGAAAUUUAGUAUUAUUCAUUGUAUAAGUGUCUUGCAGGACUUUGCAAAUUUCAAACAAUUAUUUAAAAACGUACAAAUUGCUUCUUUUAGUUUGUGUAUUAUGAUAUUUAUAAAUCGAUUUAAACCAUAAAAUUAUUGAAUUUUUACAUACUUUUUCUCUUCUUUACAAUCUUAACACAUUAAUUGCU